AUGUCUGAUUAAUAAAAAGAAACUAUUGUCGAUAUGCCUGAAAAUUCAGAGUUAAAAAGUAUGAAAAACGAUGCUCUAGCAUAAGCUAAAUAUGCAGUCGAAACAUAUAAAUUUGAAAAUAAAAUAUCUGCACACAUAAAAAAGUUUUUUGAUUAAAAAUAUGGUCCCAAUUGGCAUUGUAUAGUUGGAAAACAUUUUAAUGCCUAUGUAUCUUAUGAUUCUAAAAAUUUUAUAUUUUUUUAUGAAGGAUAAAUGGCUAUUUUAUUGUAUAGAAAAGGUUGA